UAUGAAACUAGAAGGCCAUUGAAAAAAAAGGCUGUUGUUAGAACUGUAAAUUUUGGAACCCUCUCUUACUCGGCAACCAUUUUGUACUCAUCGGAGCACUACGGGCAUUGCAUGUUUUGCAUAAAAUACAAGAUAACUGUUGUGUAAAUGCUUUUGGGAAUUCGAUUCAACAAAAUAUCGCGAUGGCGGACAUCUCCAGUAAUUUCUGCUUCUCAUGCUUUCCACUUCAAUGGCUACUUCUCAACCACUUCUCCACUCGAGGAACUACGUUUCUUGGCCGAGAGUAACGAAGACACAUUUCUACCAUGGUUGGAACGAAAAGCAGAGAUGAAGAUCUCGUCAGUGCUUUCUAUUGGGAAAUCUUCCAUUGGAAGGUUUCUGUUUGCUUCUGAGACUAUACGAGCCGGAGAUUGUAUUUUAAAGGUUCCUUUCAAUGUGCAAAUUUCACCCGAUGUUCUUCCUUUACCCAUUAAAAAUCUUUUAGGCAAUGAGAUUGGAAAUGUUGCCAAGCUUGCUGUUGUAGUUCUUCUUGAACAGAAAUUGGGCUCGGGUUCUGAAUGGGCGCCUUACAUUACCCGACUUCCUCAACCAUGGGAGAUGCAUAACACAAUGUUUUGGAAUGAAAGUGAGUUGGAGAUGAUUCGUAACAGCUCUUUGUAUGAGGAAUCACUUAAUCAAAGAUCACAGAUUGAAAGGGAAUUUCUGGCAAUCAGGAAAGCUCUGGAAACCUUCCCUGAAAUUAUUGAUAGGAUCAAUUGCGAUGAUUUUAUGCAUGCACAUGCCCUUGUUACUUCUAGAGCAUGGAGAAGCACAGAGGGUGUCUCUCUGAUUCCAUUUGCAGAUUUUCUAAAUCACAAUGGCGCUUCAGAAGCAAUGGUACUGAAUGAUUAUGACAAACAGCUCUCUGAGGUCAUUGCUGAUCGUGAUUAUGCCCCUGGUGAACAAGUACUAAUAAGGUAUGGAAAAUAUUCAAAUGCUACGUUGAUGUUGGACUUUGGGUUUGCACUUCCAUACAACAUCCAUGAUCAGGUACAGGUCCAGGUUAAAACAGAUAAAGAUGAUCCUUUGGCGAGAAUAAAGUUGGAAAUUUGGCUAAGAAGUUGCACACCAGGUACCGAGUAUGUUAGAGGUGUUUAUUCCACUGGGAAUUCUUUCACCAUCAGGGAAGUGAGAUGUGCCACUGGGAAAGGGAGAGGUCUUCCCCAAUCACUUCGUGCAUUUGCUCGUAUUUUAUCUUGCUCUAAUCCUCAGGGUUUGUAUCUCCCUCUUUAUUGGCUGUCAUUCCUGUAUUGGCAUGACUCUGAUAUCUUGUUGGUCCUUGUUUAUUGUACAGAGUUAAAUGAAUUAAGUACUGAAGCUGUUAAUGGUGAUGGUCGGUUGGCUCGAAUUCCACUGAAGAAUGUCAAUAAAGAGGUUGAAGCACAUCAGAUUUUGCUUUCUCAAUUCAAACAAUUAGUCGAAGAGUAUAAUGCAUCUAUUGAGGCAUUAGAACCUGUUGAUUCUCCCUGUUUGUGCAAAAAGUUGGCAUGGCGAAGGCUGAUGGCCCAUCAUCUUCUCACUGGCGAGCUUCGCAUCCUCAAGUCUGCUAUUGCUUGGCUGGAGAAAUAUUGUGAUGCCAUUUAGAUUCACCACUGAAAGUAUCACAACAAUUUAUAAUAGGAGGUAUUGGAUCAUGACUUCUGAUUAUGAUAAUGCUCAUUAUAUCAUACUCUUUAUAUUGUGAGCUCCUAGGUUUCAUUUGAGUUUAUGCAUGUAGUGUUUUCUGUGAAAAAUGAGUUAGAUGAUUUUACAAAUUAAGGAAAAUCCAACCAUAAAGCAUUUCUUCUUCAGCUAAAUAUUUGAGUCCAAGUCAGGCUAACGAUUGAUGAUCCACUGGGAGACCUAGUGCUAGGUAUGUAGUUUAGGUGAAAAUGGAAUUCACAAACUGGAGAAAACCUAUAAUAUAGAUUGGAUAAUUUGGAGCAUCUCCAAUUGAUACCA